AUGGAAGUGAGUUUUCCGGGGACUGCCCUGUGCACACGUGACGAGCCUGAGCCCCCGAGGCUACUUAGAAACAACAUCGCCAAAGAUACACGCGUGUGCGUGAACGUGGCUGGUCUGCAAAGACAUUGGCGACCCCCUUCCUCCAAACCAGGCUCCCCUCUCUUCUCCCCCCUUUGCUGCAGCCGAUCUCUCUCCUCCAGGACCCCGGCGACCAUGUGAUCGCCAUGAUAGAGAUCCCGAGGAAAUGCUCUCUUCGUGCGCCUCCCUUCCUUGGGAAGAUCUCUAUGAUCGGCGCGGCCGUGCGCGCCGGAGCCGGGGGAGUGGCUCCGAUCCCGGGGUGUUUCCAGCAGCCUCCGGGCUCGGCUCGCUGGCGGAGAGGCGCUUUCUCGCCAGAGACCGGGAUGCCGUCAUAAGGUAACGAAACAAAAGAGCAAAACCAGAUCGGGAAACUCAUGUUUGGCGGUGUGUUUUUUUGUGUGCACUUUCUUAGCUCUGCUAGCAAGCGGGGCCGGGGCGCGCGCGCGCCCUGCACGGUGCAACCCGCUUCGCUUUUGCAGAUCUUCAGGGUCGGCUGCAUGCAUGGUUUUUCCCCGGGAUGUGUUUUUCUGCAUGCAUAGUUUUUCUUGGUGUGUGUUUUUCUGCAUGCAUAGGUUUUCUCGGGAUGUGUUUUUCUGCAUGCAUAGUUUUUCUUGGUGUGCGUUUUUCUGCAUGCAUAGCUUUUAUCGGGGCGUGUUUUUCUGCAUGCAUAGUUGUUGUUGUUUUCUCGGGAUGUGCUUUUCCUGCCUGUGCCCACACUUCUUCUCUUGGAGCAAGUCCCCUCGGGACAGCAAACAUGGAGCGGGUUGCACAACGCGCUCACAAAACGCGAUCUGUGGAUGUUGUCCGGAUGUGCUUCCGAUUUCUGGGUGGUUUUUGGUGAUAUUUUUGGAGGGGAGGAAGGCGGGAUUUCCCCCCUCCACACAAUGGCUUUAGACUUGUUGGCUUCGCUCUUUGUGCUCAGAGCAUCAAUCCCUAUGUUUGAAAACACGGUGGGCUCCCCACUUUUUGGGGGGGGCAUUAGCAAUGUAUAUGCACAGCGUUUUCAAGUGGUAGAUCUGUGCAUAGGAUGUGCUUUGCAAGACGCACAUAAAAUGCGUUUGAUUAGAAUUAUUUUUUAUUAUUAAUAGCACAGGAGAUAAUAGAAAUGGAAUUUGCAAGCAGAUCCUAGGAACCUAGGUGAAAUACAUUCGGAGUCGAGUGUGAAUUUCAUGCUCUUUAUUCAGCUCAUAGUAGCAAUGAAUGAAACUUUCCCCAAAACGUCUAGCUAUAUAUACAUUAUUUACACAUUGGGCCCCGCGUGAUUGGCUAAUUCCGGGGUGCUCCUGUAGGCCAAUCAGGUUGCUGAUCCACCACCUCCAGAAGCCUGAUUGGCUGUUCCUGCAGGCCAAUCCUGGUCGCUGAUUCACUUCUACCUGGAGCUGGAUUGGGUGGCUCUUGCGGACCAAUCAGACUGCUGCACUCUGGAUCCUAUUGUUCUAGGAUUCAGCUCAGUACACAACACUAGGAAAAUGCUUUAUGGUAAACCAGACCAGUGGUCCAUCUAACUACAACCUUGGCUGCUGUCCCCCAGCCCUGCCUGGAGAUGACAAGGACUGAACUUGGGACCUUCUGCUCUAGCACUGAGCUGCCACCCUUUCUUAAAUGUUACCGGGGUUUACCUGCCUUGGAAGAGUCUGGGUGCUUCUUUCAUUUCUUUGGGGGCUGCAGGUAGGCACCUCGGACUUAACAGGUCCCCUACAACAGGUAGAUUGUGAUCUACUGGUAAAUCACUGGAUGUCUCAGCAACUUUGCCUCGCCUAAUAACAGCUAGUAUUUUUAUAAUGUGAGUACCUUAUUUGCUCUGUAAGACGCACCAGACCAUAAGACGCACCUAGUUUUUGGAGGAGGAAAACAAGAAAAAAAAUAUUCUGAAUCUCAAAAGCCAGAGCAACAAAAGGGAUCGCUGCACAGCGAAAGCAGCAAUCCCUCUUGCUGUUCUGGCUUCUGGGAUAGCUGCGCAGCCUGCAUUCGCUCCAUAAGACGCACACACAUUUCCCCUUACUUUUUAGGAGGGAAAACGUGAGUCUUAUAGAGCAAAAAAUACGGUAGAUCACAGUCUCUUGGGAGUUGGACGUGCCUGCCAUACGGUAAAGGAGCGAGCUAGAGAAAGACCCUGAUGUUAAGGAAGUUGAUACGAGUUUUAGUUUGCAUUGGUAAAACACUUGCUUUCAACCCUUAGGGGCUCAUGCAAGUGUGUGGCCUUUGCUUUCCUCUUAGGCUUAAUUAGGCUUGCAAUUAACCCUCUUGUUAUACUUGCAGUUCAGGAUAAUGAAAGGGUGGGUUUCAUUUUUGCACACAGUGUCUAUCCAGCAAUCGAAAUCUGCCAGGCGCAUUUUGCACCUGCCUAUUGGCCACAUGCAGCCGAAUGAAGAUGCCCAGGCGUCAGGAUGGUGUCUGAUGUCUCCACCAUUUGGAGGUGCAUGCCUUCAAGAUCCUUGGGAUUUUUUUCUUUUUUAAGUGGCUACAUACAAAUUCAAUAAAACAGAGACUACAGCACAAAGCAACACAUAGUGUCGCAAUAGCAUUUCCUAAGCAGCUCCAAAACCAGCCACAAUGUGUUGAUUAAAAACCAGAGGAAACAAAAUAGUUUUUCAACUACCUGCCUAUAUUAUACGAAGCAGGUGCCAAAUGUCAUUUUACAUGGAUCCUUGGAUCUUGACUCUUUUCACACGCUAGCAACGCACCCUGCAGAAUUCUAACCAUUACAGUGGUACCUUGGGUUACCAAACGCUUCAGGUUACAAACUCCGCUAACCCAGAAGUAGUUGCUCCAGGCUGCGAACGUUGCCCCAGGAUAAAAACGGAAAUCGCGCACCAGCGGUGUGACAACAGUGGGAGGCCCUGUUAGUGAAAGUGUGCCUCAGGUUAAGAAAGGUUUCGGGUUAAGAACAGACCUCCGGAACAAAUUACUGUAUUUUUCGCUCUAUAAGACGCUCUAUAAGACGCACCACAAGAUGCACCUAGUUUUUAGAGGAGGAAAACAAGAAAAAAAUAUUCUGAAUCUUAGAAGCUAGAACAGCAAGAGGGAUCGCUGCGCAGUGAAAGCAGCAAUCCCUCUUGCUGUUCUGGCUUCUGGGAUAGCUGCGCAGCCUGCAUUUGCUCCAUAAGACGCACACACAUUUCCCCUUACUUUUUAGGAGGGAAAAAGGGAGUCUUAUAGCGCAAAAAAUACUGUAAGUUCGUAACCCGAGGUACCACUGUAUAUUUUAUCUGCACAAUCAGAAUUGAUUUCAAGGAACCAAAAAGUCGUAUUGAAAAAUUCAGCUUUUGAGCCAGUCUGGGCCCAAAAUGGCAACUGGACAUUCUGUUUUGGUGACUGCAAUUCUGAUUUAAGGACCCAUUUGGCGCCUAGUUUAUAUAUCUGAGUUUCUAGCACUAAUACGGUGGUACCUCAGGUUACAUACGCUUCAGGUUACAGACUCCGCUAACCCAGAAAUAGUGCUUCAGGUUAAGAACUUUGCUUCAGGAUGAGAAGAGAAAUCGUGCUCCGGCGACAUGGCAGCAGCAGGAGGCCCCAUUAGCUAAAGUGGUGCUUCAGGUUAAGAACAGUUUCAGGUUAAGUACAGACCUCCGGAGCGAAUUAAGUACUUAACCUGAGGUACCACUGUAUCUGGAGGAUGAAGUGGAACUUAUACCUUGCCUUAAUGGUGUUGUAUGUGGAUCCAGGGAGCUAUUGAGCUAUGGGGUGUGUUUGAAAUGCGGAUACCCCACAAGCCGCCACUUUGAUUAAAGUGGGACUAAUAGCUGCUUUCAGGAGAUGGAGGUGACUUCAGUCUAAAAAGCACCGUGGGGGGAGUUAACGCCUCCUUUCCCAGCACCGCCUGCUCCGAGCCAAUUCAGCUUCUUUGAGCUUUUUAUUUUUUAUUUAAAGGCAUUGAGAUGUUCAACAAUAGAUCUCCUGCGUCAUGCGCGGUUUGGCUCUGAAUGUGCGUGUCAGUGGUGGCCUUGAGGAACUGCUUUUAGCAGAGCUGAAAAACUACAGUAUAGCAAUUUACCUCCAGGUUAAAAAAAAUAACAAUUUCCCUCCAGUGAAGCUAGUGAUUCAUGUUCUUUUGUUAAGGGACAUCCUGAGCCCCCAAAGAGCGGCAAAAACAAGAAGGGGGAAAAAAGGAUUCCACUUUAGAGGGUGGGGGUGAGACUUCCCCCCUGAAAAAAUGAAAAUGAAGGCUAACGGUCAAUGAGAUCAGAAGGUGAUGGUAAAGAAAGUACUUGGUAAAAUUCGUUUGGCAGUAAUGGAAGAGAAUGUACACAACAAACUGUCAAUAGUGUUAGAAACUUGGAUAGAUAAUUUAGGCUCCGAAUGGUUCCUUAAACUGAGGUUACAGUCACCAAAAUGGAAUAUCUAGUUGCCAUUUUUGGGCAAGACGGCUCAAAUCACAGGCUGACUGUGAUUGAUUAUCAGUUCAACAUCUGGCUAGUUCAAAUGACAACCUUGAGCUGGGUUAAGCACAGGCAUCCCCAAACUCGGCCCUCCAGCUGUUUUGGGACUACAACUCCCAUCAUUCCUAGCUAACAGGACCAGUGGUCUGGGAUGAUGGGAAUUGUAGUGCAGAAACAAGCUGGAGGGCCAGGUUUGGGGGUGCCUGGUUAAGAACUUUGAGCACCGAAAGAAUAAAAGUCUCUUUAUCCAGGGACAGUCCACAAAACCAACAUAAACAACAAAGACAAAAUCAUAGGAACCAAUUAAUAUAUUAUCAGAACAAGCAAACAGACAAAACCCCCACAAAGGUGCUAUAUAAUAACAAACAGUUAUAUUUUUAUCUGCACAAUUGGAAUGAAUUUCUGGAACCAAAAUGCUUUUUCCUGUGCAGCCUGAGCAGCAAUAGUCACAAUUAAGAAAAAGAGGUUUGAAUAGACCAAUAUAUAUAUAUAUAUAUAUAUAUAUAUAUAUUUAUAUAUAUAUAUAUAUGGAUUGUCACUGGAUCAAGUGACUUUUCUUCUUUAAGUUCUCAAAGCUCUUAGACUAGCUCAAGUUUGUAAUCUGAACUCGCCGGAUGUUUAACUGAGAAAAAAUCACAGCCAGUCCAUCAUUUGAAAAAUAAGACUUUAGAGCCGUCUUGCUAAAAAAUGGCAACUAGACAUUCUGUUUUGGUGACUGUAACCUUGAUUUAAGGAGCCAUUUUGUGCCCAACACUGCUCCAUGGCCUGCAAAUGCUCAAUUUUCUUGUGCUUUCUUGUUGAGAUUUGCAACUUGUCUUACAAGGUAAAUAACGUGAACUACGGAAGGGCUAUUUUGAGGCUGCCGAGCUGCCGCUGUGGCAACAGCGGAACAGAUGCAAGUUCUAAAAGGUGCCUGGUUUUUAAAGGGGAUUCUUUCCCUAUAUCCCCUCUUUUGUUCCGGAUACGUUACAAUUUUUCAUUGUAAAAGAAAAAGAAAAAUGCCAGUAUUUUCCCAGAAAAUGGAGAGCACUGGCUGGUGCUGAUAGGAGUUGUGAUCCAAAACACCUGGAAGGCAACAGGUUGAGGGUAUAACAUUGCCCGGUUUGCAGAUGCAUAUAGAUCACUUGAUUUCUGAAAAGUGUCGUUUUUGUGGGGAUGUGAAAUGAUAUGAACAUCGGCAUUUCUCUUGGAGGCAGAAUUUGAGAGGCUGGCUUAUUACAGGUGACAAGUCCCUAAUGUGCUGAAGUUGGACACACAUUAAAGCAUCCGGAUGUUUUGGAAGUUGCAGUCCAAAUCAUUCUAGACGAUAGCAGGUUGCUGAUGGUUGCUUUUAGAAAUUGCAUUCCCUCGUGUGAGGGAGAAGAAAAAAGGGGGCUUGUUGGUCUCAGGUGCAAUAGGUCGGUCAGUUUGAGCCCCUUACAUUGCAGGGGCUUGAACUAGCUGGUCCUCAUGGUCCAUUUCAGCUCUAAAAUUCUCUGCUUCUCUUUCUAAAAAUCUUUUUUAUUGAUUUUUUUCACAGAAAACUUUACAGGUUUUGACACAGACCAUAAAUUACUUUAGCCAUAGACUUCCCGCCCUGCCCCCCUUUUCCAUGGUUUCCAUAUUUACCCUUUAAAGCUGCAAAUUUCACGUAUAAUAUUCAUUGCAGCCAUUUUAACCUAUUUAUCUUAAUACAGUGGAACCUCGGUUUCCGAGUGUCUCAGAAGCCAAAUGAUUUGGAAGCCAAACGCCGAAAACCUGGAAGUAAUUGUUUCUGUUUUCGAACGCGCCUCAGAAGUUGAAUGGCUCCCGCUGUGUGUUUUUCCAUUUUUUCAAUGGAUUUUGCCGCCUAUUGUUUUUUGAAUGUUUUGGAAGUUGAAAGGUCUUCCGGAACGGAUUACGUUCGAAAACCGACGUUCCACUGUAAUUAAUACUGAUGCUUGUAUUUCAAAUCGUGCUCACGUUUUCAUCUCGCUAUAAUAGUUCUUUAAAUACGCGAUAAAAAGUUUCCAGUUCUCAAUGAUUAUUAUUUUUUGUCAUUUUGGCCUCUAAUCAUUACUGUUAAUCUCGCCAGUUCCACCUACUGCAUCAUUUUCAAAAACCAUUUACAGUUCUUUGAUUCUCUGAUCCCCAUCCCUCAUACAACCUUUGAAAGGAAGGGGAGGAAAGAGGUGAGCAUCUCCUAUUAAGUCUAGAGAGUAAUGAGUCUUUGUGCCUUGCUGUUCCUAGGUGACGAUGGAAAUCAGUGGCUUGCCACUGGAGUUGUGGCGCCUGAUAUUGUCCUACUUGCGCCUUCCGGACCUUGGCCGCUGCAGCUUGGUUUGCAGAGCGUGGUACGAACUCAUCCUCAGCCUGGACAACACCCGGUGGAGGCAGCUUUGCCUGGGCUGCAUCGAGUGCCGGCACCCAAAUUGGCCCAACCAGCCCGACGUGGAGCCCUGGUCGUGGAGGGAAGCCUUCAAACAGCAUUACCUCGCUUCGAAAACCUGGACCAAGAACAGCCAGGACCUCGAAUCCUCCAACUGCUUCUACCUGUUCAGAAGGAAGAAGGACCGGCGCGUCCUUUGCGUGGGUCCCGGCUGCGAGUUCGAAAAUCUCCGGAGUGCCUUGGUUUCGGCGUGUGUUUAUGACCGGAUCGUCCUGUUGCCCGGAGUGUACGAAGAGCAGGGCGAAGUCUUCCUUAAGGUCCCUGUGGAAAUUAUGGGGAGGGGCAAACUCGGAGACGUGGCUCUCCUGGUGAGCUUCGACCAGCACUGUCCAACCGUGAGGUUAUGCAAUUUGGUCUUCAUGCCAGCUUGGUUCACGCCCAUCAUAUAUAAGGUGAGUGUGAAUGGGUGGGAGGACUGUAAGGCUCUCCAGAUAUCGUUGGACUACAAUGCCCAUCAUCCUGAUGACUGGGGCUGAUGGGACUUGGAGUCCAACAUCUGGAGCUACCACCACCUUGUCUACCACUUACCGUAUAUUUCGCUCUGUAGGACACACUUUUCCCCCUCCAAAAAUUAAGGGGAAAUGGUUGUGCAUCCUAUGGAGCGAAUGCAGGCUCCUUGGCUUCAGGGAAAGCAACGCGAAGCCUCCAAAGCGCCGAGGGAGCGCUCCCUCUGCGCUCUGGAGGCUAUGCGUUGCUUUCACUGAAGCCUGGAGAGGGAGAGGGGUCGGUACGCACUGACCCCUCUCGCUCUCCAGGCUUCAGGGAUCGCCGCCUGAAGCCUUUGGAGCGCAGCGGGACCUUGCGCUGCGCUCCAAAGGCUUUGGGUUCCCUUUGCUGAUGCCGGGAGAGCAAGACUCUCCUGGCUUCAGCAGAGAGGGAGAGCUGCACAUCGCCCCUUCAGCCAAGCGGGAGGAGAAAUGGAAGGGGCUCCGUUUCUCCUGCCGCUUCACUGAAGGGGCGCUGAGCAGAGAGGGGGAGAAUUUUUUCCCCUUGUUCUCUCCCUCUAAAACACGGUGCGUCCUAUGGUCGGGUGUGUCCUAUAGAGCGAAAAAUACGGUGCCUUUGUGGAUCAAGCAGGGAACUCUGAGCACCACUAAGUAUAACAGAAUGGGCAAUGGAUGGAUCUGAACCAAGUGACGCAGUCCAUUGAAGGUUCUCUUGCUCAGGUUGUAGCACAUUGAACGAGAGCUUCGCGAGAGCAUGAUGGUUUCUGUUUCGGGCAUGAAAAUGUCAGAUCGGUCGUGCAGCAGGGGUAGGCUGGGAUCAUGCCUCAAUCAUCCCCCCAGGACAGGUAGAAGACCAAGAGUAAACUGGGAGGUCCUGUACUUAUGACUAUUGCUUUUAAAAUUUGUUUUUAUUAAAAGGUGUACAAAGGUACACACAGGUUCUCAGUUUUCAGAUCAUAGAGUCCUUUGUACAGAGACAUUACUGUUGUAGGCAGUAUGGGGUUGGGGGGUGAGGGAAGUGGGGAGAGAGGGGAGGAAAAAGAAGUGUGUGGGGGAGACAGUAAAGAUCCAUUCUUGAUUAAUAAAUUUAUUUAUUUGUUUUUUCAAAUUAGAGUUUUACAAUCACAUAUCCAACAUACAACAUAAAAACAAGAUUCCAAAGUAUUUCCCUCCUCCCCUUGGCAGGUCCUAUUAUUAAUCAUUUCCUCCUGCAUCUUUUAUAAUAAUCCAGAUCUUUUACAUCUCCCAUUAUAUCCAAAAUUCACCAUUAAACUACAAGUGUUAUUCCAAUCCUACUAACAAUUUUGUUUACAAUGGUUUUUAAGGUAAAUUAUAAAUUUCCCCACGUUUCAUUCUUUUACAUAGUCUACGAGCAGAAGUUUUGUUUUGGCAUCACUUGAGUAGGUAUCUUUAUUUUUUGCUGGCGGUGCACGAGAUCAGGAAGCCCAGGGCAUGGCCGGUUGUAACCGGUGGGUUGCAGUGUGUUUUGUUUGUGUGAUGGGAAUGUAUAGUAACUGUAUCAACUAGCCAUAUCGAUUUGUGUGCUGUUGGGGGAUCAGUCAUUGUCUUGUUGGCCCACAUGUGUAAUAAAGGGGAGCCACACCGGGGUGAAGGCAUCUUCCUUCGUUUGUCCCCAUGCUCGUUUCCAUUGGUUAGCUACCUUUCUAGUAGGGCAGCUUCCCAUGCGGUCUCCCUUGGGUUCGUUUGGUAAUCUUCUUGGUGUCUGUUGUGAAAUUGUUUUGUGACUGUGAAAUAGUGGUACAGUGGUACCGCAGGUUAAGUACUUAAUUUGUUCCGGAGGUCCGUACUUAACCUGGAACUGUUCUUAACCUGAAGCACCACUUUAGCUAAUGGGGCCUCCUCCUGCUGCUGCUGCCGCGCUGCCGGAGCCCGAUUUCUGUUCUUAUCCUGAAGCAAAGUUCUUAACCUGAAGCACUAUUUCUGGGUUAGCGGAGCCUGUAACCUGAAGUGUAUGUAACCUGAAGUGUCUAUAACUGCACAGUCAUACCUCAGGUUACAGACACUUCAGGUUGCGUGUUUUGGGGAUACGGACACACCGAAACCCGGAAGUACCGGAAUGGAUUACUUCCAGGUUUCGGGACUCACGCAUGCACAGAAGCGCUAAAUUGCGCUUUGCACAUGCACAGAAGUGCCGAAUCGCAAGCUGCGCGUGCGCAGACAUGGCGCUGCGGGUUGCGAACGUGCCUCCCGCAUGGAUCACGUUCGCAACCCGAGUGUCCACUGUAGUAUUAAUAAUAAUGAUAAUAAUAAUUCUAUGUCACCUAUCUGACAGGGUUGCCCCAGCCACUUGGGUGGCUUCCAACAAAAUAUGAAAAACACAAUAAAACAUCAGCCAUUAAAAACUUCCCUGAACAUAUAUUGAUCUGGUGUCAUUCUUUUUCUCUAGACAAACUCAGGCCACGUCCAGUUUGACAACUGCAACUUUGAGAACGGACAGCUUCAAAUCCAUGCCCCGGGCACUUGCCAAGUUAAAUUCUGCACUUUCAACCAGUCCACCAUCAAUUUCCACAGCGUAGCCAUCUGCCUGCUGGAAAACUGUGAGUUUGUGGGCAGUGAAAAUGCCUCGGUGACUGUGGAUGGCUGCCCAUCUGUGGACAGGAACUGGGCCUGUAAGCACUUGAGCACAUUGGCCAAAUCCUGCUCCGCUUCGCUACAGAUGCCGGAGCUACAGACACAUUGCAGCGCAUCGAAGCUGGAGAGCCGGGGGCCUCUGCUGACGAGCGUACGGACCUGUGAAAUUGUGGUGGGUGGGGACCCUGGCAACACGCUGCCUGCUUCGCACCCUCCAGCAAUGCCGAAGAAAGGGUGCGAGAAAGGGAGCGAUGUCGCUGGGCAUCUCCAGGGGGCCAACAAGGAGGAGGCCGCGACAAUGGAGACGGAUUCUAGCGACAGCGAGCUGAGCAUGAGCAGCGAGAACGAGGAGGACGACGAGUCGAUGUGCCGGCUGCCUUACCAGGCGCAUAGCCUGAGUCACAUGCUGGCCAAGGUGAUUGACGGCAGGCCGCAGGCCGACGGCUUGGCAGCACUUCCGAGCGACUACGAGCUGAAAACUCUGCAGCAGGAGCUUCAGAAAGACAAGGAGGCGCAGUCUCUUGCCAACGCCAUGCAAGGAUGCCUCGUUCGGAAGUGUCUCUUCAGGGAUGGGAAAGGCGGCAUCUUUGUUUGCUCCCAGGGGCAAGCGAGAGUGGAAGGGAGCAUCUUCCAGGACUUGACCUAUGCUGUGCGAUGCAUACAAAACAGUAAGGUGCCGUACAAGACGAGGAGCAAAAUCUUGCAUGCCUGGGUUAAGUGGGCGGUAGUGUUCGGUCGGUUUGGGAUUUCCUUUUAUAGGCAAACAUUUUAUAACAACCUUGAGCUUCACGCCUCUUAAUAGUUGGGGAUGUCGGCCUCCUAAUUUAUGUCGCGACUUGGAAUAAUUUAUGCCUGCCAUUCCUCCCUAAGGAGAUCAGAGCGUUGUGUGCUGGAAACAGAACACCGCAGAAUACAGUCAUACCUCAGGUUGAAUAUGCUUCGAGUUGAGCGUGUUCGAGUUGCGCUCCACGGCAACCCGGAAGUAACUGAGUGCGUAACUUCCAGGUUUCGCCGCAUGCGCAAAUGCUCAAAAUGACGUCACAUGCAUGCGCAGAAGCGGCGAAAACGACACGCGUGUGCGCAGAUGUGCCGUCACUAGUUAUGUUUACCUCUGGAUGCGAACGGGGCUCCGGAACGGAUCCCGUUCAUAUCUAGAGGUACCGCUGUAUAAUAAAAAUGGUAGAAAGCAGUAAAGCAGCAGCAGCUCAAGUAAGCUAAGAUUAAAUAAAGGACCGAUUAAAUAGGAAAGUUUUCACCCAAACAGAGGCAGCAAAGAAGCCAAGAAGAAGAGUUUGGAUUUGAUAUCCCGCUUUAUCACUACCCUAAGGAGUGAUAAGCCAAAUGGAGGUUGAAUUGUAGAGUUGGAAGGGACCACAAGAAGCAUCUAGUCCAACCCCCUGUUACUCAGGAAUCUUUCGUCCAACUGGAGCAACCCAGUCAGUUGGGCAGGGUACAGAUAAUAAAAUAAUAAUAAUUAUUAUUAUCAUAACGUGGGACUCAAACCCACAACCCUGAGAUGAAGAGUCUCAUUCUCUACCGACUGAGCUAUCCCUCAUCAGUCUACUUUAAAACAGGUAGGCAAGUAAUUCUGCCAUCUGUAUAAAUUAUACAGAUUAAGAUAAUUCACAUGAGUAUUUAUUAUUUUUCUCACCUGAAUUCUUCAACACUGUUUUUGCUCAUUUUUUUGUAUACUUCUACUAGUUAUGGAAGGGACGCGGGUGGUGCUGUGGGUUAAACCACAGAGCCUAGGACUUGCCGUUCAGAAGGUCGGCGGUUCGAAUCCCCGCGAUGGGGUCAGCUCCCGUUACUCGGUCCCUGCUCCUGCCAACCUAGCAGUUCGAAAGCACACCAAAGUGCAAGUAGAUAAAUAGGUAUUGCUCCGGUGGGAAGGUAAACGGCGUUUCCAUGCGCUGCUCUGGUUCGCCAGAAGCGGCUUAGUCAUGCUGGCCACAUGACCCGGAAGCUGUACGCCGGCUCCCUCGGCCAAUAAAGCGAGAUGAGCGCCGCAACCUCAGAGUCAGCCACGACUGUACCUAAUGGUCAGGGGUCCCUUUAACUUACUAGUUAUGGAGAAUGGCAAAGACCAGGAUAUUUGAAAGGUAUUGAAACACCAAACCUACGACCAUUGAAAAACUUCGCCAGCCUCUCCCCUGGUUUCAAGUCACCAGGCGUUCAUUGCCUGUACACCUGCAGGCAUAUCAUCAUAUCCAUAAGGUUUCUUGCUUUCUUUAAAACGAAGCAGUAGCAAUGGAAAAACAGAAAACAGGAGUUUGUAGGAAAAUUAAUUUGUGAUUUCCCUACACUUAGCUUUCAAAGCAUACCUAAAGCUUGCCUGCCUUUUUUGCCAGCCCCCAAACCAGAAAGCUCAUUUGAGCGCUUGGUUGUGGGGUGCAUUUAGUUGCGGAGGCCUGGCCAAAGAGCUGAUUUCACCCAGCCACCCUCCUUGAAGUCAGAGAUCAAAAUAUGGAGAGAUUCUAUUUUCUGAAUGAGCUUUCGCAAACCUGGACCCACCCCCAGAUGUUGGCAGUCUAAAACAUCUGGAGGACACCAGGUUUCUGAAGGUGGGUCAUUCCUCAGAGAAGGGGGCUCUGGGGAGAAAGGCAGAGUUGUGGGAGUCCUCCUUGGUUGCGAUUUCCACGCCGAAGAAUUCAGAGGUCUAGCCAAGGUAGUUUUGAAAGGGCUUGGGAGAUGUUAUGUGAAUUGUAAUACAGUUUAUGGUGCCUGCAACCAUUUAUGACUAGGUCUUAAAUCCUGUGCGUAUCUCUUCAACAAUCUGGCGAGCGUGCUUCUGCUCCUUGCUUAGCAACCUUUAAAAAGGAAGCCUUUUGUGUAGGGAGCUGCUGAGAUUUUAGGAUCCUAAUUAUUCGGAGACGGUGGCCAGGAUAUUGGCAGCUCUUGGUUAUGGAAAAAAGAAUUUGGGCCACGUUAAUUGCUUAUGCCGCACCCUUCAUCCAUGAAUGCUUUGCUGCAGGGCUGGCUGACCUUUUUUGGGGACUGAGGGCCACAUUUGACCUUUGCCAAGCAUCUGAGGGCCACAUGCCUGCAGGGGAUGUGGUCACCCACACACUUGCACACACAUUUUUCCAUGCAUGCGUACACACACGCACACACACACACACACACAGCACUCCUUCCUUAUUUAAUUGUGACAAGGAGGAGGGGGUUGUUGACCCAUCCCUAAUCUGAUGAUUGGUGAGGCGGUCAUUUGCAUCCCUGUCAGGGUGCUGGGCUGGGCAGGCACCCAUCUCCCCCCCCCCUUCUUUCUGCUGCUUCCAGAACAGUAGAACUGUUUCCGUGGAAUCCGUUCCCCCAGGGGAACAGCAGCUGGGGGUCUGCCGCUUUUUACAACAAAGGUACCUUGAUAGCUGACAAAUGUAUGGUAGCAUAAGCUUUUUUUGGACCACAGUCCUCUUCAUCAAAUGCAUGAAUUGUUAUCCUCGGUUGCAGAUAUACCCGUGGGUUGUGUUUUCAUCUUGGGGUGCGCGUGUCAUAAGCAGUGAAUUCAGAGGGAAACAGAAUUCAGGAAAUGUAGUGACGAUUGCAUCAUUAAUGCCAGUAAUUCUCAAAACAGUAGCAGACGAUGCAGUGAUCCUGGCACCAGUCAGCCAAGUAAUGCAUGCAGCGUGGUGAAAACAUGUUGUCCUGAUUCAGUCCAGAACUGAUGGCAUUGAAUUUCUCGAUGAAUUCAGGGGUUCCAUAUCACAGUCUCCCUUGGAAGAUUGCUUCUUCAUCUAUUAAGGAUAGCACUUCAUGCAUCUCAGCUGGUCAGAGCGUGGUGGUGCUAACGCCAAGGUUGCAGGUUCGAUCCCUGUAUGGGGAAGCUGCAUAUUCCUGCAUUGGACUCCGUCAGGGUCUUUCCCAAUUCUACAGCACUAUGAUUCUGUCUGAUGCCAUGUGAUGUACAGUGGUACCUCGGGUUAAGUACUUAAUUCGUUCCGGAGGUCCGUUCUUAACCUGAAACUGUUCUUAACCUGAAGCACCACUAUAGCUAAUGGGGCCUCCUGCUGCUGCCGCGCCGCUGGAGCACGAUUUCUGUUCUCAUCCUGAAGCAAAGUUCUUAACCUGAAGCACUAUUUCUGGGUUAGCAGAGUCUGUAACCUGAAGUGUAUGUAACCUGAAGCGUAUGUAACCCGAGGUACCACUGUAGUCAACAGUACAGUGGUACCUCGGCUUACAUACACUUCAGGUUACAGACUCCGCUAACCCAGAAAUAGUACCUUGGGUUAAGAACUUUGCUUCAGGAUGAGAACAGAAAUUGUGUUCUGGUGGCGUGGCGGCAGUGGGAAGCCCCAUUAGCUAAAGUGGUGCUUCAGGUUAAGAACAGUUUCAGGUUAAGAACAGACCUCCAGAACGAAUUAAGUACUUAACCCGAGGUACCACUUUAGUUUAUACCAGCGGUAGCCAAUGUGAUGCCUUCCAUCUCUUUUGGGCUACAGCACCCAUCAGCCUAAGCCAGCAUAGUUGAUGGUCGGGGAUGAUGGGAGUUGCAGUCUGCAACAUUGGCUGCUUCCAGCUUAUGCCAUACCGGGUUUGUAAGCCUUAAGAUAUCACAGGAGUCUUUGUCGAUGUUGCUGUACCAGCCUCAACAUGAUGCUUCUUCUGGGAACAUGGAAAUGGAGGGAUGGCCUCCGCAGAUUGUGAAGGAUGGCGUAAGCAUUCUCUGUCUUGCCCCUGGAUUUGCUCCUUUGCAAUAACAGCAUUGAGAAGUGCAGAAGUCAAACCGGGAGAUGUCAUUUGUCAGUGCAGGACUCCUGCGCUCUGCGCGUUCGGCUUAGCUGAUGAGUGAAACAUUAAGUGGGGGUUUGUGUGCCGUUCGUUACGCAGCUAUUGUUCCCGGGUGAAACGCUCUGCAAUUACACCUGCAUUUUUCUGAGCAGCGUUCAGCCUGCCGUUCCAAGCCAGCAAUUUGCUGCUCGCUUGUUUCAAAGAGGAGGAAGGGAAGAAAGAAAGAAGGGGGAAGUUUGUUUUCUUGGCUUUUAAGAACAGAACUUUGAAUAGAAGCAGAGGCUUUUUUCUUAAAGGAAUGUGUACUUUUAAAGAUGGAAUCCCAUUUGUUUUGGUUCCUAGUCCACUACACCCCCAAAACCUAGAAGGGCAGCGAGAAAUGACUCUGUAUCUCAUUAAUUCUCGUAACACUGUGAAGGGCAGUUUAAGUUUCAGGAGUGAGGUUACGGGGAACCAGGCAGAGGGCCUUCUCGGCAGCGGCACCUUCCCAUCAGAUGUCAAGGAGAUUUAAGUAACUAUAUAACUUUUAGGAGACAUCUGAAGGCAGCCCUGUAUCGGGAAGUUUUGUUUGCCUUUUUAUUAUGUUUAUACGUGCAUUGGAGGGACGCGGGUGGCACUGUGGGUUAAACCACAGAGCCUAGGACUUGCUGAUCAGAAGGUCGGCGGUUCGAAUCCCUGCGACGGGGUGAGCUUCCGUUGCUCGGUCCCUGCUCCUGCCAACCUAGCAGUUCAAAAGCACGUCAAAGUGCAAGUAGGUAAAUAGGUACCACUCCAGCGGGAAGGUAAACGGCAUUUCCGUGCGCUGCUCUGGUUCGCCAGAAGUGGCUUAGUCGUGCUGGCCACAUGACCCGGCUCCCUCGGCCAAUAAAGCAAGAUGAGCGCCGCAACCCCAGAGUCGUUCGCGACUGGACCUAAUUGUCAGGGGUCCCUUUACCUUUAUAGCACAUAUUGCUUUAUUGAUCUGCAUAAAAGGCCAGAUUCAACUAACCCGUUCCGCUAGUGCAGGGCAGUCCAACUUUUCAUACCAAGUGGGUCGCAAGAGUACUUAGACAUGGAACCUGUGGGUCUCACACUGCCUUGUCGGGUGGGGGAUCAAGGCGGAAAUAUGAGCCUCCUGCCCCCAUCCCUCUUGCUGUGUCCCCAAAGCUGGAGACGCCGGGUUUGGAGAAGGAGGUGUGAGGCUCUGGCAGGGUCCUUCCCAAAUCUGAGAAAGCGCUAACUAGGCUUUGGGAAGGAGGAGGGAGAACUCUAGGGUCCUGCCAGAGCCCUCAUGCGUCCUUCCCAAAGCCCAGUGCCUCCCUUAGUUAGCUUUGGGAUGGCAGCAUGAGAGUUGAAGGGCGUGUGUCACCAGCUAGACUGGGGACUGGGGACGGCUGCCGAGACCAUAUAACACCGGUCUUGAAAGACCUAUACUGGCUCCCAGUACGUUUCCAAGCACAAUUCAAAGUGUUGGUGCUGACCUUUAAAGCCCUAAACAGCCUCGGUCCAGUAUACCUGAAGGAGCGUCUCCACCUCCAUCGUUCUGCCCGGACACUGAGGUCCAGCGCCGAGGGCCUUCUGGCGGUUCCCUCGCUGCGAGAAGCCAAGUUACAGGGAACCAGGCAGAGGGCCUUCUCGGUAGUGGCACCCACCCUGUGGAACGCCCUCCCGCCAGAUGUCAAAGAGAAAAAUAACUACCAAACCUUUAGAAGUCAUCUAAAGGCAGCCCUGUUUAGGGAAUAGGUUAUUGUAUUUUAGUGUUUUGCUGGAAGCCGCCCAGAGUGGCUGGGGGGACCCAGCCAGAUGGGCAGGGUAUAAAUAAUAAAUGAUGAUGAUGAUGAUGUUGACGAGAGCUGCAUGUUGGAUCGCCCUGCUCUAGUGGAAGCCGGUGUAAGGACGCCCAUUAGGGAUUUCCUUCCCCCCUCUCUUUCCCUGGGCACCUCCCAAAUCUGCCACAAACCCCCCGAAAUUGCACAGAUGGAGGAGAAGGGAGAUCAUUCCGUCAGCGGGAAUGCUUGCGUUGAUGGACCGAUCGCAUCAGUGCAAUGUGGAAUUCCACCCAAAGUCUCCGUUCAACCAUACAGGACAUACGUCACGAUAUACCUAAUAAAAAUGUUUGUAUUUACAUGUUCAGGACGUACGAUUACAUGGAGAGUGGCUCGCGAAUCGGUAGCUAGAUAACCGGCUGCCUGGCUCUCACCAAACAGUUGUUGCAGGCCAGUCACUUGUGUGGCGUUGCUUACGAGACUGACCUUGGCGUCCAUCUCCUCCACCCCUGGCCCGGCUGAAUGAUUCCGUAAGUCCCUGAGGUGGAUCCGUCCCGGUCAGAAAUUAAGAGAGCUGUAAACACCUGUCAUCCUAUUAACUGUUAUGGGGAUAACCACAGUAUUUUCUGUUAAUGCGUUGGAGAGCCGAGCUUAGUAUUCUAAUCGGAGCUUGACCUCCAUGCCAGGUCAAUGGUGAGUGACUAAUAAGGAGAGGAGCACAGCCAUCUCUCUCCCCCCCCCCCGGCUCCAGCAUUUUAAUUAACGGAUUGGGGGGCGAGCCACCUUUUCAAAUGAGCAAAUAAAGGCGGCGUAAUUUAAUUAUAAUCUUUGAUACGCAGCGCUUACCAAGGCGAGGAUAUUGCAAUUUGUAGAUUUAUUCCUUUACGCUUGUCAGACAUGGGUUUAAAGGUUUAUUCGACUGGAAUGGAAUUAGGCAGCGCGGUACGCAUGAAUAUCUAAACCACUUACAUGCGCAAAUAAAACAAUGGCGGGAUUGAAAGCGUCUCCUCACUUUUCACUUUCGCCAGCCUGCGUAGAUUAUGCUCCAGGUGUGUGUGUGUGUGUGUGUGUGUGUGUGUGUGUGUGUGCUUUCGGUCUCCUCUUGCUCUAUAAACCAGGAACUUCAAAACUGUGUGUGGUGGGACUGCUGGCAUACUGUGAGUUCAAAGUGUCCCCGCAUUGAGGAGGCGGCCUGCCGCUUCUCUGCAUGAUUUACUGCUCUCGUCUUGCUUCCUUCUGCACAGCUUUCGUUCUGUCGUUCUUAAUGCACAUAAGGUAUUCACCUGGGAGGGGUGCACCACUUGUAUGUUUUCUAGUUAGUCACUGUUCUGAAAACAGUGAUGCGGAGCGGAAAAUUUUCUGGAAUAUUUUCCAGUGCUUUGUCCUUCCACAGAGAACGUUCCGCUUCCUAAGUUCAUACGCAAGAAUGAAUGGGUGUCAGCUUUUAAUAAAUAUCGGGCGAGCUUGGCAGUUUCAGCGUUUUUCUAAGCUUUCUUUACUAAAUGCAAGUAAAAUGAAUGGGCUUAAUUUAGAUCCCUCUCUAGGGCAGUGGUAGUCAACAUUGUGCCCUGUGACUGUCAUUGGACUCCAUCUCUGAUCAUCCCUAACCAAGAAUGGUAAUUGAUCAGUUAUGAUGGGAUCUGUAAUCCAACAACAUCCCUACUCUAGGGCAUCAGAACAAUUUCUGAGUCAAAUUAUUCCAUGCAAAUUACUCUAACCUGCAAAAGACUUUUUAAACAGUGCAUUAUCAGCAAGGUUGAACAACAACAAAACACCCAGCUUAUGCUCCCCCACCCUUUUCAGAGUCUUCGAAGUAAGACCAUCAAGUUUUGUCCAAAGCACAUGAUUUUUCCCAGAGUCCUUUCCCCGAGAACACCUCUCCAUAACUAUCUGGGAUAUUUUUCCAACUCAACUUUUCCUCCCUGCAAGAAGUGAAGCUACAGGGAACCAAGCAGAGGGCCUUCUUGGUAGCGGCACCCGCCCUGUGGAACACCCUCCCAUCAGAUGUCAAGGAAAUAAACAACUAUCUGACUUUUAGAAGACAUCUGAAGGCCUGUUUAGGAAAGUUUUUAAUGUUUGGUGUUUUACUGCUUUAUUAUUAAUAAUAAUAUUCUGCUGGGAGCCACCCAGAGUGGCUGGGGAAACCCAGCCAGAUGGGUGGAGUAUAAAUAAUUAAUUAUUAAUUAUUAAGAGCAUGGAAUGGGUUCCUCCAAAGGCAGGCAGUUCUGUAGUCUCUGUAUUGAGUAUUGAGAGUAACUGGAUUUUUCAGCAUACAUCAACCUGCCCUCUCUGUGUCUCUGCAUGAGUCAUUGCUCUGAGUUUUCUCCUUUCUGAUCAUGCCACUUGACUGAGCACUGACUCGUGGGGCAGAGAAAUCGGGGUAGGUUUUCUUGAGGGCAAGUAUGGAGCAAUCCCGUUGCUUCCAAUGAACAAUUACUUGCCACCGGAAGAGCCCACCCGCUUUGUCUCUGUAUGGGUUACUGCUUUGGAAUUGCCUCCUUGUCAAGAAGCGUGCCAGCGCAGUGAUGACUCGUGCAGAGACACAACGAGGUGGGCCUCCCGGGAGAAGGUAACUCUACUUCAUACUGUAAAAGGCAACUUGUUUCUGGAUGCAAGAGUGAAGCGUGCUUCCAUUUUAAUUCAGAAAAUUACGCACCUCAGCGGCAAGAAGUCUGGGAAAUAAUUACCGUCUUUUUCGCUCCAUAGGACACACUUUUUCCCUCUUAAAAACUAAGGGGGAAAGUCUGUGCGUCCUAUGGAGCGAAUGCAGGGGGGAGGCAGGCAGGAAAAGCCCCCAAGAGCCGCACACAAGCUUUGCAUGGCUCUUGGGGGCUUUUCCCCAGGAGGGAGAAGGGACUGACGCGGCCAGUCAGUCCCUUCUCCCUCCUCAUAGAAAAGACCGCAGGAGCCACGCGCUCCUUAAAAGGUGUGCGGCUCCUGUGGGCUUUUGCGGGAGGUGGGGGAAUUGCCAUCUUAAUUCAGCCUCUCCAGCCGGGAGAGGUUGUGCAAGGCUAAAGAGGAAGCCAAGGCAGCGAGCGGGAUGGAUCGCGCUCGCUCCCUUGGCUUCUUUAGCCGCGCUGGAGAGGUUUAGCUCCCGGCUGGAGAGGUUGUGCGGCUAUGGCAGAAGCCAAGACAGCCAGCGGGAUGGAUCCUGCUGGCUGUCUUGGCUUCUUUGCUCUUUGGGGCUGGGGGGGAAACCCGGGCUUCCCCCGCAGCCCCGAGAAGCUCUGGGAGAAGCGGACAGGCUUUUUCUUCAUUUCCCCCUCUAAAAACUAGGUGCGUCUUGUGGUCUGGUGCGUCCUAUAGAGUGAAAAAUACGGUAUGCAGGCACAGUAAAACAGGGAGCGGAUGAGCUGGGAUGCUGUCCCUCAUUUCCCCUCGAGGCACAAGUGGUAGGGAUGGCUGGAUAGCGUCAAAGGAGAAUAGGGACUUCCCAAAUCCAUCAAAGCAAUUUGAGGCAGAGACAAGAUUCAAAUUAGGGACUUCUUGUGUCACAGCUCAAGUCUUGACCCUGUUUUGUUUGACCAUCUCAGCCUGCCAAACGCUGAUGUCUGUUCACUCGUAGCAAGCUCCUCCUCUGCCUUUAUCUAGAAAAGCAUUUGCCUUUUCUUUCCUUUAGAUUGUCAUGCUGAAGAAUGACAUUCACCACUGCAAGACCUCCGGGAUAUUUCUGCGCCUCGGGGCUGGAGGCUUGAUUGCAGAAAACAACAUUCAUUCCAACUGCGAAGCCGGCGUGGACAUUCGGAAGGGAGCCAACCCUCUGAUCCUGGUAUUGACCUUUGCAGGCUUGGGUUUUUACCCAAAGAGCUUGACGCAACAAACUUGGGAUUCGCCUAACACAAAUGUUUGGUGAAUGUGGGCAUUCGUAAGAGAGAAGCAGCAGGCGGGAGGCAGGUGCUUACCCCUCCCCCUGCAAGUCUCCCUCCCCGGGGCACUUUUCCUCCUAGCUGGAGUCUUAAGCUGGAAAAAGGGCCUGGAAGGAAAGGAGCCUGGGGCAGAGGUUGCAUGAAGGGGUGUAAUGGCAAGCAGUCACACCCGUAAACACUUCUCCCCAGUGUAUGCCUCCCUAAAUUCACAUUAUGCUGCAGCCAGAGGCUUAGGAAUCCCAUGUUUCUUGCAUAACAUGACACCCGCUUUUGAUCUAAGGCUACCGUAUUUUUCGCUCUAUAAGACGCACCAGACCACAAGACGCACCUAGUUUUUGGAGGAGGAAAACAAGAAAAAAAAUAUUCUGAAUCUCAGAAGCCAGAACAGCAAGAGGGAUCGCUGCGCAGUGAAAGCUUCUUGAUAGCCGCGCAGCCGGCAUUCACUCCAUAACACACACACAUUUCCCCUUACUUUUUAGAAGGGAAAAAGUAAGUCUUAUAGAGAAAAAAUACGGUACUUGUUUUAUCCUCAAAUUCUUCUUCCUAUGUUUGCAUGAAAAGUCUGUUGCUCUCAGCCACUCCCAGUAAGUUUUAGGUUAUCCCCAUGCCAUGCUAAAGAUGUUGGAACUCCAUAAUGAUCACACAGCUUUCAUUGCCGUCCAAGAGUUAUUAAUUAGUUAUUAUUAGUUAUUAAUUAGUUAUUAUUGGGACGCGGGUGGUGCUGUGGGUUAAACCACAGAGCCUAGGACUUGCCGAUCAGAAGGUCGGCGGUUCACAUCCCCAUGACGGAGUGAGCUCCCGUUGCUCAGUCCCUGCUCCUGCCAACCUAGCAGUUCGAAAGCACGUCAAAGUGCAAGUAGAUAAAUAGGUACCACUCUGGCGGGAAGGUAAACGGCGUUUCCGUGCGCUGCUCUGGUUUGGCAGAAGCGGCUUAGUCAUUGCUGGCCACAGAACCCGGAAGCUGUAUGCCGGCUACCUUUAAUUAAUUAUUAUUAGGGACGUUUUUAAUGUUUGAAUUUCAUCAUGUUUUAAAUAUUCUGUUGGAAGCCACCCAGAGUGGCUAGUGAAACCCAGCCAGAUAGGUGGGGUAUAAAGAAUAAAUUAUUAUUAUUAUUUGGGUUGUGUUCUGUGUUGUGCAAGAGGAAGGCACCAUUAGUGAGAGGCUCCAUCCUUGCACAAGAUCAAGGGAAGUAAUAGUGCCACUGUAUUCUGCUCUGGUCAGACCUCACCUGGAGUACUGUGUCCAGUUCUGGGCACCACAGUUCAAGAAGGACACUGACAAACUGGAACGUGUCCAGAGGAGGGCAACCAAAAUGGUCAAAGGCCUGGAAAUGAUGCCUUAUGAGGAACGGCUAAGGGAGCUGGGCAUGUUUAGCCUGGAGAAGAGGAGGUUAAGGGGUGAUAUGAUAGCCAUGUUCAAAUAUAUAAAAGGAUGUCACAUAGAGGAGGGAGAAAGGUUGUUUUCUGCUGCUCCAGAGAAGCGGACACGGACCAAUGGAUCCAAACUACAAGAAAGAAGAUUCCACCUAAACAUUAGGAAGAACUUCCUGACAGUAAGAGCUGUUUGACAGUGGAAUUUGCUGCCAAGGAGUGUGGUGGAGUCUCCUUCUUUGGAGGUCUUUAAGCAGAGGCUUGACAACCAUAUGUCAGGAGUGCUCUGAUGGUGUUUCCUGCUUGGCAGGGGGUUGGACUCGAUGGCCCUUGUGGUCUCUUCCAACUCUGUGAUUAUACGAUUCUAUUCUAUGAUUCUAUGCACAAUUCAAGCAGGUGUGGACCUAGGCUUUCUGAUGGACAGCAGCCUUCCUUUAAGGAGGAGCAAGCAAUUCAAAAUUGAAUCAGCUGCCCAAGACAAGGGCUGGAGGGACUGGAGACACUUCCCAUUUAUUCUGACCUGUCGGUGCAAGGAGGUUUCCUUGCCUGAUGUGGUUCAUUCCCAUGCAUUCUUUCCUCACCCUUCUUUGGGUAGAAAACAGAGCGGACCAAACCUUUUCCUGUCCAUUGUGGUCCUGAUUCCUCACAAUACAGUGGCAUGGGAUGAUAGGUUGGUGACGUUUAAUGGCUCAUUCAGAUAUGUGCCUGUAUUUAUAAAAAGCAUUUAUCCCAUCCUCAGUCAAACUGUUCUCAGGACAGUGUCAAAGAACGCAUUUAAAGCAAUACUGUAAUUCCACCAGGAAAACAGAAGGCUGGCAAAAGAACAAAUACUCUUAGAUCACUGAGUAACUGAUUUCUGUUAUUACAUAGCAGAGUGGUAAUUCAAAAUGCCUGAGAAAAUUGCCGUGUCUUAACCUGGUUUCCAAAUUGAGCUGAUAUUGGUGCUAGGCAGGCCUCAGAGGGGAGGGUGUUCUGAAAUUUGGGUGCCCUCAGAGGAAACACCUCUGAAUAAAUGGGGCGCUUGUAGAAAAUUGAGGAGACCCGGCAAGAUGGUCUCCGACUUGCGUUUGGAAUUUUAGCUGGCUCACUCACCCCCAAAAUCGGAUCUACAAAUGUAACAUUGGCCUGUGGAUGCCAUUAUUCUCUCUGCCCGAGGAGCUAGGGUUGCUAACUGACCAGCAAAGGAAGAAGAAAUCCUGCCUGGCAAACUCCUGUGCCUUUUUAACAGCAGUUUAAUCUGCAGAAAUCAGUAGGUGAGGCUUUUUACACAGCAAGAAACCAAAACAACAUCACUUGCUAAUGACUGCAUAUUAAAAGCCACAGCUGAGACACAACUGAGAAGCUGUUAAGAGCUGAUUGAUCCAAUAAGCCUUUACCCUCUCCUUUAUUCCUGUCCAGCAAAAUUGGGAAUUGGUGGACGAGAUUAUGUAUUUAUCUGAGUAACAGGGCCAAGGUAGGAGGGGAGCCCUUUUGAUUUCCAUAUCGAGUGGCCACUAUAGAGGCAGAAGGCUUAGUCACAGCCAAAAUGCCAGGCCUUCUCCAAGGAAACACAAAAUUGGGCUCUUCCACUCGAAAACAAACCACUUCCAGCUUUGAAAGAGCUGGGUGCUUUUGUCCGGAGGCUUGCUGACCUUUCUGCUAUUGUACUGAGUCCUUGACUUUUCUGUGGCUGAUCUCCCUCUCUUGCUUUCUAUUUUUCAUUCCUCUUGUGCUUGUGCAUAAAUCAAACGGCAGUGUAAUAGGAUCCACGGUGGCCUUCGCUCCGGCAUCGUUGUCCUUGGCAACGGGAAAGGCAUCAUCCGUAGCAAUCAAAUAUAUGGAAAUAAAGAGGCUGGCAUUUACAUCCUGUAUAACGGCAACCCUCUGGUGAGGUAAGUUAUUCAACAGCAGCAUUCCUUGCCGUUUUUUGGAUGUCGGCUUGAAACAAUACACCCACACAUCCUCCAUACAGCUAAAGAGCAGGAAAGUUUAUUAUUAUUAUUAAGAACACUGACAGGGAGAUGAAGUCUUUAGGCCAAUGUACCUGCACGGGUGGCGCUGUGGGUUAAACCACAGAGCCUAGGACUUGCCACUCAGAAGGUCGGCGGUUCGAAUCCCCGCAACAGGGUGAGCUCCCGUUGUUCGAUUCCUGCUCCUGCCAACAUAGCAGUUCAAAAGCACCUCAAAGUGUAAGUAGAUAAAUAGGUACCGCUCCGGCGGGAAGGUAAAAGGCGUUUCCGUGUGCUGCUCUGGUUUGCCAGAAGCGGCUUAGUCAUGCUGGCCACAUGACCCGGAAGUUGCACGCCAGCUCCCUUGGCCAGUAAAGCAAGAUGAGCGCCGCAACCCCAGAGUCGGUCACGACUGGACCUAAUGGUCAGGGGUCCCUUUACCUUUACCUUUGUCUUUGCAGUCGCUUUGUGGGGAAGUAGCUUUCAUACUGUGUGUUCUGGGCAACUCAAAGGUUGCUGAUCUAGAAUGGUGAGCAAUGUUUCCCACUCUAUGUGGGGGGCUACCUUUGAAGGUGACUCGGAAACUACAACUAAUCCAGAAUGCAGCAGCUAGAUUAGUGACUGGGAGUGGCCACCAAGACCAUAUAACACCAGUCCUGAAAGACCUACAUUGGCUCCCAGUACGUUUCCAAGCACAAUUCAAAGUGUUGGUGCUGACCUUUAAAGCCCUAAACGGCCUCAGUCCUGUAUACCUGAAGGAGCAUCUCCACUCCCAUUGUUCAGCCCGGACACUGAGGUCCAGCUCCGAGGGCCUUCUGGCGGUUCCCUCACUGCAAGAAGCAAAGUUACAGGGAACCAGGAAGAGGGCCUUCUCAGUAGUGGCCCCCUCCCUGUGGAACACUCUGCCGUCAGAUCUCAAGGAAAUAAACAACUAUGUGGCUUUUAGGAGACAUCUGAAGGCAACCCUGUUUAGGGAAGUUUUUAAUGUUUGAUUUCUUGCUAUGUUUUAAUUUGUUGGACGCCACCCAGAGCGGCCAGGGUAACCCAGUCAGAUGGGCAGCAUAUAAAAAAUGGUUGUUCUUCCCAGAAAGGCAGCUUUCCCUCACACAGUCCUGCAGCAGCAGAUCGUGGUUCAUGCAAGGGCAGUGGUCCAUCCCAAUGGAACAUGGCCUGAGGGUGUGUUGUGAAGGGAUGGGGAAACUGUGGCUCUUCAGACAUUGCUAGCUUCCAAGUCAUGGCAGUUUCAGACCACCUUGCCAACGCACAAAGGGGGAUGGGAGCCAUACUCUGACAAUAGCUGAACGGCCCCAGUGUUCUCCAUCCCUGGCAAAGGGCUACUUUGGGUAGGCAGUCCAUAGAGCCAGUGUGGCAAAAUGGCUAGAGUUCGAAUAAACCAGAGUUUGAAUCCCAACUUGGCCGUGAAGUUCAGUUCAGUUCAUCACCUUCCAGGUGGUGGAGUUUUCAAACUUGGGAGUCUAUAGGGCAUGCAAACCUGCUACUGAUUUAUUGGCGGUUCUUGUUUUGAGAUGAAUGUCGGAGCUGUGCUGCGAAUGCAACAGCAGACACUUCUUGCAGGAAAACAAGAGCCCCACAACGCUCUUCCGAAACACAAAGCAACCUAGACAGGCUUAAGCAUCCGUUUGGGAACGGCUUGUUCCGGCAUAAUAGCCCGACUGACAAGUGUGAAACAGAUUUUAUUAAUCUGCAAACCAUAAGGGUCACGACUGGGCUGAAACAGACCUGUCAAAUAAGUAGCAAUUUCUAAAUAGGCAGCUGUCUUGUCGGGUGAUUAUGAUGCAGCGAAUGAAGUCUAGAGGAAAUGAACAUAAAAGAAGAAGGGAGCUCAGAGCGGAGACGUAAUUUCUCUUCCUAGACAACGCUGUCAGCAGCAUGCUCAUCAAAACAAAAAACCCUGCAAGUCUAUUAUAAUUGAGAUCAGUUUGUCCCUGCUAAAACAAGAGGCAUUUGACUUGAUCUUGCCUAGUGUUUUUGUUGCGGGAGAUGAGGCUUGUUAUUCUUAAGAAGAUAUUAUUGCUACGCUAAUUAUUCCCAAGCAGCCCUGAAUGUAUUUCAAACAGAAGUCUCACUUGGGUCUUUGGACCAAUCGGAAAGCUUGUUUCUCCUGCCUUUUUUCUUAAAAGCCUCAAUCCCAGAGGCUUCCAGAGAGUGGCUCCAGGAGAUUCUCUUUAGGUUGACAGAGAUCUCACCACACUAUUAUUCCCCCACAAAGAUCAUUUUCAGAGAAGGGAUGGGGACAGGGUGGAAAUAAGCACUGCUCGUUCUCCUUGAUCUCCCAGCAGCUUUCAAUACUGUUUAAAAAAAAAAAAAAUUAAUUGAAGUAAGCAAAUCAAUACUAUAAAAAACUCCCAGAAUAUUCAAGGGCUCAAGCUGUCAUAAUGAAAAACAACUGCUUCAUGUUAAGGAAACUUAGCUACCAUACUCUUUGCUGAUACCUUUUGAAGUUUCUGUCUUCAGUCUGACAACAGCAAAGUUUAAGAUAAUGACUUUUUGAAUUCAGAUAUAGUCACUUACUGGCAUCUGGUGACAAUCAAAAUCAUUUUUGGGUACCACUAAAAUAAAACUGCUGUAAUAUUUUCUCCUAUGGAAGUGUUGGCAGGCAUUUGUUGAGAUGGCUAAACUCUAUAGUAAAAUCUCUUUAAAAAAAGAUAGCCAGUACUAUAAAAAUAAUAGCAGUACAAAUGCAAAAAACGAAACGGUAUAUUCUGGGAACUGCCCUGAGAUGUUAUGAUGGGCAAAAUAUAAAUUUAAUUAAUUAAUUAUCCAAAAAAGACAUAAGCCAAGUACUUAGGACUAUUAGGAAAGCCAAAUUUCACAGAGGGAGUUCUUUGUGUUUGCACUUGUGUAGAAGAUAAAAUCACCACUAUUUUCUCACCUUGUGCUGUUAUACAGAUAAGCAAACUGUACAAAACACUGACAGUGUCUCCACCCCUUUUCAUUCCAGUGGGAACCACAUCUUCCAAGGCCUUGCUGCUGGCAUCGCUGUGAACGAGAACGGAAGAGGCCAAAUAACAGGUGUGGGAAGGAAAGCAUUUCUGGGGCAUGGGUUCGGAUCGGGCAAAAAAUAACCUCCAAACGGUGAAUCCUCAUUUCAGUUUUGGCAGGGUUUUUGGCACACACACCACCACUACACUCCUGGGCAGGAAGGUCCGUAGCUCAGUGGCUGAGCAAGUAAGACUGGGAAUGAAUGUCAGUUGCCUGACCCCCCUGGAGCUGCUGGCAGUCAGUGUAACAAUACUGAGUUUGAUAAGGCUGAUUCUGUAGUGGGCAGCUUCCUCCACUUCUGUGCUUCCAAGUUUCAUGUGACAAGGUCUUGGUGGUCCUUUCCCAUAACCCUCUAAGGUAGGCCAGUGUGCACAUCCCCAUCUUACAGAAGAGAGACUCUGGCUGCUUGCCUAAAGCCACUUUUUGACUUCAUGGCCGAAGUGCUGUUUGAUCCAUGGGCUUCCUAGCUCAUAGGAGAGUCACCUCAGAACUGCUGCAGCUCUGAACAACAAAAGUCUGGUGACCACUUCAUGGUUAUUUCUCUUGUCCGUUUGGCGCCACCUGCCUCUCAGAACUUCCCUUUUUGAGCACGGCCAGAGCAUUUCCUUAGUGCAGAGCUUUCCAGACUUUUCACGUUGGUGACACACUUUUUGGACGUGCAUCAUUUCACGACACAGCAGUUCAGUUUUACUAGCAAGCCGGAGGUUAAACGAACCCUUUCCAGCCCCAGGAGGAAUGCAGGGAACAUUUGUGCGACACGCCUACUCACUGCGGCCAACACACUAAUGUGUUGUGGCACACAAUUUGGAAAGCUUUCCCUUAGUGGUCUGUCACUGCGGUUCCCAGUCUGUCAUAGUAGCCAAGGAUCUGCGCUGGAAAGAGAACGCUCUCCUCCUUUCUCCUGUUCCCCCUUCUUCUCAUAACAAAACAAAACAAAACAAAACAAAAGGUAAAGGACCCCUGGACGGUAAAGUCCAGUCAAAGUUGACUAUGGGGUUGUGGCGCUCUUCUUGCUUUCCGGCCGAGGGAGCCGGCGUUUGUCCACAGACAGCUUUUUGGGGUCAUGUGGCCAGCAUGACUAAACUGCUUCUGGCACAACAGAGCACCGUGGCAGAAGCCAGAGUGCAUGGAAAUGCCAUUUACCUUCCCGCUACAGUGGUAGCUAUUUAUCUACUUGCACUGAUAUGCUUUUGGAUUGCUAGGUUGGCAGGAGCUGGGGCAGAGCAACGGGAGCUCACCCCAUCGCGGGGAUUCGAACCGCCGACCUACUGAUGGGCAAUCCCAAGAGUCUCAGUGGUUUAGACCACAGCGCCAUCCUCGUCCUUCAUAACAAACACAGUAAUAACCUUUCAUAACAACAAGCAUUUGGCUAGCUACAAGCUGGAUGAUGACACAGCCUUGGGCUGCCUCAGGUUGAUACAGAAGUCGAGGUAGAAACUGGCUUGACGUGAAAUAGUCUUUUCACGUCAUUCCUUCAGUGCUCCUUUGGAUAAUUGGCAGUCCUUUGUUUACCCUUCCUUUCUUAAACUGCUUUAGAAAACGUCAUCCGGGAGAACCAGUGGGGAGGUACAGACAUCCGCCGUGGAGGUGACCCUGUCCUCAGAAGUAACCUGAUCUGCUGUGGCUAUUCAGACGGCGUAGUGGUCGGGGAGCGUGGGAAAGGACUCAUAGAAGGAAACACCAUUUAUGGUAAAUCUUCUGACAGUGGGGUUAUUACCCCCUACGUAUCCUUGUUUCCCUGGGUCUUGUGUACUGAGUGUAGCAGAGCAGCUCUCCACAGACUGUUCUAGAAUCCAGUUUCAAAAUGGAUGAUGGCCUGUCAGGGACUGGCUGGACUCAGAAGAAUGGUAGGAGGCACCAGCUAGGGAACAUCCAAGGGAAAAGGGCUCAGAGCCAAGGAUUGGGGGGCUGGACAAUGAUGAGUCAGAGGGAGAUGACGGGGAAGAGGAAGUGUUGGAAGCUAAAAAGGAAACAAGGCUUUGUGAGCUUGGGAGAGGCUGUGGUAGAGGGAAGUCCGGGAUCGGAGGCAGAAGCUGGAGAGGAGGGAGGCCAAGAAGCAGAGAUGAGUCUGGCUGGUGAAGAGUCACAGGUGUCUUCCCCUCCUGCUGCAACUGGCUCUCGUCUCCCAGAACCAGUAGAGGCAUGAAAAGGGCGGAGGAAAGGUUGGUUGCAUACAGACGCAGUCUCCAAUUGCCCGGGGAAAGCCUUGGAGAAGAGGGACUUGGAUGUCUGUGGGGAGGCAGGGACUUUCUGUUUCAACAACUGAUUUUCAUGGAGGAAGACCACCAGGAAUGAGCUGUCCUGCUUAUUAGGCCUGACACUCAGCCCAGUCUGCGGAGAUUCUGCCUCUCACCAUUCCUCAGCCUCCAACCAGUUCAGGACACCUUGGACCCGGCCCAAGAUUUUUCAGUCUCUUGCACAAUGUUACAUCAGGAAGACAGGCCAAUGUGCUUUCUCCCUCUUCUCUUGGCAUAGGGAACAAGGGCUGCGGUGUCUGGAUAAUGUCCUCCAGCCUCCCGCACAUCGCAAACAACCAAAUCGGUCACAACAGCAUCUAUGGGAUUGCGGUGUUUUGCCGCAAAGAUGAUGCUAAUGACUACCUCGCCAACCAAGGGGGCAACGAGAACUUCAAUGACGAAGGAGAAGCUGCCAACUGGGAGAAUGACCUGGAGAGUGAGGAUGAGCGCGUGGUUAUCCGGAGGCCAAUCAGCGUGGCUCUCGUGGAGUCGAACAACAUCAACCACAAUGGAGGUGAGUGCUAGCCGGGAACAUUGUGUAGCCAGCCUUGUCCAUGGGAAAGGCCAAAGAGGCUCCAAAGAACAUUCCGAGAAUUCCUUCUGGGAAUAAUAAUAAUAAUAUCUCUCCCAUCUGGCCGGGUCUCCCUAGCUACUCUGGGUCUCAACAGAAUAUUAAAAACACGAUAAAACAUCAAACAUUAAAAACUUCAGAUGUCUUCUAAAAGUCAGAUAGUUGUUUAUUUCCUUGACAUCUGACAGGAGAGUGUUCCACAGGGCAGGUGCCACUACCGAGAAGGUCCUCUGCCUGGUUCCCUGUAGCUUCACUUCUCGCAGUGAGGGAACCGCCAGAAGGCCCUCGGAGCUGGACCUCAGUGUCUGGGCUGAACGAUGGGAGUGGAGACGCUCCUUCAGGUAUACUGGGAAGCUCCUGCAGAAACGCUACGCUUGCCCCACCACCGGUUUCGGUGACUUAUGGUGCCGCGAUCCCCCGUGUGGCACCAGUCACCGUGCCGCCUGCAACCUGGAGCAAUGUGACGCUGAGCCGCCGUGCCAAAACACUAUAAAGUAGUGCCGGACCUCAGCAAAGAUGUGCCAGAGCUCAGUUCCGGUGAGUUCUGGCUGAAAAAAGCUCUGCCAGUUGGUAUAAUAAAAUAUCACACCUUCCUUAAAAUCAUGAUCCUAGCCAUAUAGCUGGGGUCUGUUUAACUGGGGGCAAUUUAUUGUUUUUAAUGCAGAUAUUAACAUUGCAGCAUCUUCAUCGUUUGACUUCAGUGUAGGUGCAUUUCCGGGUUUCUGUCCCUUCUUGCCCCAGGUGGUUGUUGUUGGUAAAAUAGGUUAUUGAUUCAGGGGUGCUUUUCCUCCUCUCGUAGCUGCUGGCUUGUACAUCAAGAGCAGCGAAGCCCUGAACAUCAUUGGAAACGCCAUCCACGCCAACCACGACUGCGGGGUCUCCGUGUUCCAAAGCUCGCAGCUGACGAGAAUCGCAAACAACAGCAUCUCUUGCAAUAGCCUCGGGGGAGUCGUGGUGGAAGCAGAAUGCCGGGUGGAGCUUCGUGGGAACGGCAUUUAUGACAACAGCAGCCACGGGGUGGCCUCCAAGGGCGAGGGAAUCGUCACCGAGAAUGACAUUUUGGGCAAUCAGGGCUGCGGCCUCAAGCUGCUGCAGGCAGCCGAUAUGAAGGUGCGUGGCGAAAUAAAAGAGAACAAGCUUGCUUGUUACCAGGGAAUCGUGGAGUUGGAAGGGAUCCCAGUGAUCAUCCAGUCUAGCCCCCUGCAGUGCAGGAAUUACAGCUGAAAAAUCCCUGGCGGGUGGCCUUCCAUAGAAUUACAGAGUUGGAAAGGCCCCAAGAGUCAUCUAAAUAGUCAUAAAUAAUCAUUAUGAUGAUUUGUGGUUAUUUAGAUGACUCAUUAUGAUUAUCUAUAUUUCACCAGCCCUCCAAGAAGGGUUGCAUGCACAAGUCACCGUAUUUUUCGCUCUAUAAGACGCACCAGACCACAAUACGCACCUAGUUUUUGGAGGAGGAAAACAAGAAAAAAAAAUAUUCUGAAUCUCAAAAGCCAGAACAGCAAGAGGGAUCGCUUCGCAGUGAAAGCAGCGAUACCUCUUGCUGUUCUGGCUUCUGGGAUAGCUGCGCAGCCUGCAUUCACUCCAUAAGACGCACACACAUUUCCCCUUACUUUUUAGGAGGGAAAAAGUGAGUCUUAUAGAGCAAAAAAUACGGUACCUCAUUUUUUCCUUCCAGCAGUGAUAUUUAUAUGUGUGAAAGCUGCCCCAGGUUCUUUGGCCAUUUAAAAAAUAUAGUUCUCUUUUUUUCUCCUAGAAAAGACUGCACAAGAUUUUCUGUUUAGAUUUCAAACAUAACACACUACUUUACUUGGAAUACUAAAACCUGUGUGUGUGUGUGUGUGUGUGUGUGUGUGUGUGUACACACAGACACAAAUACGUUUUAGUAUUCCAAGUAAAGUAGCCACUUUAUAUAUAAAGGGACGCAGGUGGCACUGUGGUCUAAACUACUGACUUGGGCGUGCCGAUCAGAACGUCGGCAGUUCGAAUCCCCGCAACGGGGUGAGCUCCCAUUGCUCUGUCCCAGCUCCUGCCAACCUAGCAGUUUGAAAGCACACCAGUGCAAAUUGAUAAAUAGGUACCUCUGCGGCAGGAAGGCAAACGGCGUUUCCGUGCGCUCUGGUUUCCAUCAUAGUGUCCCGUUGUGCCAGAAGGGGUUUUGUCAUACUGGCCACAUGAUCCGGAAAUCUGUCUGUGGACAAAUGCCAUCUCCCUUGACCUGAAAGCGAGAUGAGCACAACAACCCCAUAGUCGCCUUUGACUGGACUUAACCACCCAGGGGUUCUUUACCUUAGCCAUAUCACACACACACACACACACACACACACACACACACACACACUGGUACCUUGGUUCUCAAACUUAAUCCGUUCUGGAAGUUUGGUUCCAAAACCAAAGCGUUCUUAAACCAAGGUGUGCUUUCCCAUAGAAAGUGAUGCAAAAUGGAUUAAUCAGUUCUCGACUUUUAAAAACAACCCCUAAAACAGCAAUUUAACAUGAAUUUGACUAUUUAACGAGACCAUUGAUCCAUAACAUUAAAGCAAUAAUCAAUGUACUGUACUAUAAAAUAAAUAAGAGAGUAUUGUAGAUACUUGGUUCCAGGAGCACACUUGGAGAGCUAAGAAACUUCUGUGAACACCGCAGAAUACCUAUUUCACAGGAAGGAAGAAAAACGCGAUGCUCAGAACCACCACCACCCCGCCCCCAAAAGGAAUCGAAACACCUACACACACGUUCCCAAAGAAAUAAAACAGACAAACGAGCUGCAACCAAACAACAAAAUUCCAAAAAAAAUCCCACAUCGCUCAAUUAAAAAAAAAAACAAUUGCAAAAAUGGGGAGGGGUGCAAAGUGCCCACACACCUCUAUAUUGAUAAGUGAGCACAUUUUAAUAGGAAGCCUAAGGCUUGUUUGUUGCCUCUGCUGCUGUUUUCUCAUUUGCGUUCUGGCAAGAAUCCAUUGCCUACCCCAAGAGAAGUAGAAGAGCAAGUAAACAGGUUGGAACAGUCCUCAGAGAAGCAGGGGGGAAAGCUGCUGCUGUGGAGAGAAAUAGCAUGUUGAAUGUGGUCCCAGAAAAUGACAGGCGUGAAGGAGGCGAAAGAAAUAAACAAAUGGGAGAAGAUGAGGAUGUACCGAUCCAUUCACUGACACAAGAGCCCUUAACACCCCAGCAAAACACACACACAAACGUGCAAGUUCUGCAGUAGAUAUUUUUUAAAGGAAAUUGUGUCUUAAUUUGUGUACCAACCUCCAGGAAAUGCUCCCAUUUCUUUCUCAGUUGUUCUUCAUAAUAAUAAUAAUAAUAAUAAUAAUAAUAAUAAUAAUUUAUUAUUUAUACCCCUCCCAUCUGGCUGAGUUUCCCCAGCCACUCUGGGCGGCUCCCAAUCAAGUGUUAAAAACAGUACAGCUUUAAAUAUUAAAAACUUCCCUGAACAGGGCUGCCUUCAGAUGUCUUUUAAAGAUAGGAUAGCUGCUUAUUUCCUUCACAUCUGAAGGGAGGGUGUUCCACAGGGAGGGCGCCACUACCGAGAAGGCCCUCUGUCUGGUUCCCUGUAACCUCACUUCUCGCAGCGAGGGAACCACCAGAAGGCCCUCGGCGCUGGACCUCAGUGUCUGGGCUGAACGAUGGAGGUGGAGACGCUCCUUCAGGUAUACUGGGCCAAGGCCGUUUAGGGCUUUCAAGGUCAGCAUCAACACUUUGAAUUGUGCUCGGAAACGUACUGGGAGCCAGUGCAGAUCUCUCAGAACCGGUGUCGAUUCUUGUCGAUUUCAGUAUCGCCAUAUAGUGGAAUUUGAGUGUGUGUUGCACCACCAGCAGCUGGUAAUUUUACACAGUUUCCCACAGAACUGCUGUUGGCCAAUUCCCUCUUGGACAUGGGCAUAACUAGAAUUUUUGUUGUGGGGGUGGGGGGACAGGACACCCACCUGACCUCAUCCUCUGUCUGGCUCCGAUUUGGAAUGAAAUGUCUCAACAACAGUUGUUUUAAUUUACUUUCUUUUGACCCCCAAGUGCUCCGAAAAAUCUGUCAAAAUCUUCAGUCAUUUGUUUUGUUUUUUUUUAAAAAAAUAAUAUUUAUUAAUUUUCCAACAGUUUAAACACAACACUACAAAAAAAAAAAAUAAAAAAGACAAUACAAAAACACUACAAAGCACUAACACAUAAAACUAACAAAACAAAAACAAGACCCAUUUAAAACACAUCGAACAAUUUCAUUAUCUUAUCUUUCAUUCACUUGUUUCCACGACCUCCUCACACCUCCCUUUUUGUAUUCCACUUCUGUUAAUUGUUUCAGCAAUUCCUUUCCAUCUUCCUCUGUUUUCUAUCCUAUAAUAAUCUUGACACAUUCUAACCUUAUUUUUCCCUUUAAUACUCUAUUAAUCUAUUUAUGCUUAAUUCCUUAUAACAUUUCUACUAAAGCCAUAUAACUUCAUUCCAACAUUUUUCUAACAUUCAUUAAUUUUACAGUAUUUCUGUAAAUAGUCUUUAAACUUUUUCCAGUCUUCUUCCACCGACUCUUCUCCCUGGUCUCGGAUUCUGCCAGUCAUUUCCGCCAGUUCCAUAUAGUCCAUCAACUUCAUCUGCCAUUCUUCCUGGGUGGGUAAAUCUUGUGUCUUCCAAUACUUCGCGAUGAGUAUUCUUGCUGCUGUUGUUGCAUACAUAAAAAAAGUUCUAUCCUUCUUUGGCACCAAUUGGCCGACCAUGCCCAGGAGAAAGGCCUCUGGUUUCUUCAGAAAGGUAUAUUCAAAUACCUUUUUCAUUUCGUUAUAAAUCAUCUCCCAGAAAGUCUUAAUCCUUGGGCAUGUCCACCAAAGGUGAAAGAAUGUACCUUCAGUCUCAUUACAUUUCCAGCAUUUAUUACCGGGCAAAUGGUAAAUUUUUGCAAGCUUGACUGGUGUCAUGUACCACCUAUAAAUCAUUUUCAUUAAAUUUUCUCUUAGGGCAUUACAUGCCGUGAAUUUCAUACCUGUUGUCCAUAACUGCUCCCAGCCAGCCAUCAUAAUAUUAUGUCCAACAUCUUGUGCCCAUUUAAUCAUAGCUGAUUUCACCAUUUCAUCCUGAGUGUUCCAUUUCAACAGCAAGUUAUACAUUCUUGACAAAUUCUUAAUUUUUGGAUCUAACAAUUCUGUUUCCAAUUUUGAUUUUUCCACCUGGAAACCAACUUUUUUGUCCAAAUUGUAUGCCUCCAUUAUUUGGUAAUAAUGGAGCCAAUCUCGCACUUUGUUUUUCAAUUUUUCAAAGCUCUGCAAUUUUAUUCUGUCUCCAUCUUGUUCCAGAAUUUCCCAAUAUUUCGGCCAUUUGGCCUCCAUAUUGAGUUUUUUCUGUGCCUUCGCUUCCAUUGGUGACAACCAUCUUGGGGUUUUCUUUUCUAACAAAUCCUUAUAUCUUAUCCAGACAUUAAACAAUUUCUAACAAUAUGAUUUUUAAACGCUUUAUGUGCUUUUACUUUAUCGUACCACAAAUAUGCAUGCCAACCAAAUGCAUUAUUGAAGCCUUCUAAAUCCAACACGUCCAUGUUUUCAAUAAGCAGCCAUUCUCUCAGCCAGCAAAAAGCAGCUGAUUCAUAAUAGAGUUUAAGGUCUGGCAGGGCAAAACCACCUCUUUCUUUAGCAUCAGUUAAUAUCUUAAAUUUUAUUCUAGGCUUUUUGCCCUGCCACACAAAUCUGGAAAUAUCUUUCUGCCACUUCUUGAAACAAUCCAUCUCAAAAUCUUCAGUCAUUUGAAAACUUGGAAGUUUAAAAAAGACGAACACCACCAGAGAAUAUCUUUCCUGAGGUUACUGAGUAUGUUUUGCCAAAUUACAAAGAACACACUUUCUUUUCCAUCUUAUUGGAAAAAAACCACAACUAAAUUAAAACAGGGUUUUAUUGGAUUUGCUGAAAACCUUUCAGCACUUCCUUCUCAAAUUCCUUCUUUUUUCCAAUGCAGUUUUUCUGUGCACACUCAGUAAGCAGAGCCCAUUGAGACCCUCCCCGUCACAGUCUUUACCCUCCGCAAGGUACUAAAUGACUGCUCUAUGGUACAAGAGGUACGUGGCUGAGCAAGAGAGAUGAGCCGAGGGGGAUGCGGGUGGUGCUGUGGGUUAAACCACAGAGCCUAGGACUUGCCAAUCAGAAGUUUGGCGGUUCGAAUCCCCGCUACGGAGUGAGCUCCCGUUGCUCAGUCCCUGCUCCUGCCAACCUGGCAGUUCGAAAGCACAUCAAAGUGCAAGUAGAUAAAUAGGUACCACUCUGUUGGGAAUGUAAACGGCGUUUCCGUGCACUGCUCUGGUUCGCCAGAAGUGGCUUAGUCAUGCUGGCCACAUGACCUGGAAGCUGCACACCGGCUCCCUUGGCCAAUAAAGCAAGAUGAACCCCAGAGUCGGCCAUGACUGGACCUAAUGGCAGGGGUCCCUUUACGUUUAAAAUAUUUCUGCCUCUUUUACUAGGUCUGCUAUGUUCAGCUCUUUUAACUGCUAUUUGCUGAGCUUCUCCUUCCAGCAUGGUUCAGCUUCGGAGUUGAAGACUUGCAAUUUCGGGUUGCCAGUUGCGUUGCAACAUCAUCCAAGUAACCCCAACACAGAGAAAUAUUCUGAUUAUUUCUACUUUUAGUUAAGUAGUUUUAUUUAUUUACUUUAUUUAUUUAUUUAAUCUCAGACAACCUUAUCAACCGCCUCCCCCAGUGGACUACUUACCAGGGCCUUGGUUUUGUGAUGGAGUUGUAGCAUUUUAGGUGUAACGUGGUGCUACAGUGUUCUAGAGCUGCAUUUGCAUAAUACAUUUGCAAAUACCUCCUCCUCUUCUUCUUCUUCAAAUUUAUUUAUUUGGUUUCUCAAAUUAAAAUUUUACAGAGAUAUAUCAAACAUAAAUCAAAUCAUAGAAACAAGAUUCCUAGGAAUCUCCUGAACUUCCAUCCUCCCCUUUAUGGGUCCUGUUAUUAAAAAUCCUUCCCUCCCGCAUCUUUUAUGUUAAUCCAAACCCUUUGCCUCUUCCAUUAUGUCCAGAAUUCAACCUAAAACCACAAGUGAUAUUCCAAUCCUAACCAUUUUAACGGUUUGCAAUGGUCUUUAAGAUAAGUUAUAAAUUUUCCCCAUUCCUUAUUAAAAUUUUGGUCUUCCUGAUUUCUGAUUCUGCCAGUCAUUUUAGCCAUUUUGGCAUAAUCCAUCAAGUUGAUCUGCCAUUUUUCUCUGGUUGGGACUUUAUCUUCUUUCCAUCUCUGGGCCAGUAACAUCCGCACAGCCGUGGUCGCAUACAUAAAUAGUCUUUUCUGCUCCUUUGGGAUUUCAGCACCUAGAAUUCCUAAAAGGAAGGCUUCAGGUUUUUUAACAAAGGUUGUUUUAAACAUUUUUUUUUCAACUCAUAAUAUAUCAUUUCCCAAAAUCCUUUUACUACUUUACAAUUCCACCGCAUAUGAUAAAAGGCGCCUUCUUUUUCCUUACAUUUCCAGCAUACAUUUGAGCCUGUUUUAUGCAAUUUUGCUAAUUUACUAGGAGUUAAAAUACCAUCCGUACAUCAUUUUCAUAUAAUUUUCUUUCAACGUAUAACAUGCCAUGAAUUUUAAAUCCCAAUUCCAUAACUUCCCCCAAGCACCAUAAUACCACUUUAAGCAGACAUGGCUUCUACCGCAGAAUCCUGGGAACUUUUGUUAAGGGUGCCAGUAGUUGGUAAGGAGACCCUUAUUCCUCAGAGCGACAUAACCGUCAGUUCCUCUUCGCAGGGAACAGUCUUCCUGACUUCUAGUUCCUUUAGACCAGGCAUAGGCAAACUCGGCCCUCCAGAUGUUUUGGGACUACAACUCCCAUCAUCCCUAGCUAACAGGACCAGUGGUCAGGGAUGAUGGGAAUUGUAGUCUCAAAACAUCUGAAGGGCCAACUUUGCCUAUGCUGCUUUAGACCUUUUCUCUCUUGAGGUUCAACUGGCACCAAAUUUCCAUGGUGUUCAGAAGCUCACAUAGGUCCCUGCCAAGCUGUCUUGGGCGCUUCUUUUUAAAAUCACCUGCUUCUGGAAAACCAACCUGCUCUUUCUCUUCCAGAAUGAUGAAUCAUCUCGUUUUGCUAUUGGAGUGCUAUGUUAACAAUAAUUGUGUUUUCCUCUUUUCCUUCAAGGUAACCAAGAACAGAAUCCACUCCUUUCGAGAUUAUGCGAUUGAGAUGCUUGACCAGACCAAGGCCUUGGUGCAAGACAAUGUGAUUUUCCAAGGGAAGUCCAAAAAGAGCAUUUUGCAGCAGGCCUCUGACACGGAAGCCUGUGUCGUUCAAAGCAACAAGCUCCUGGCAUUCAAGAAAAGGUAAGUUAGGAAGCCCUUUGGGGACUUGAGAAUAUGAGGACCCUUAUUCCAUACAGCUGGUGCCCUCUACAUUUUAAGCAUACAGUGGUGCCCCGCAAGACGAAUGCCUCGCAAGACAGAAAACCCGCUAGACGAAAGGGUUUUCCGUUUUGGAGGUGCUUCGCAAAACGAAUUUCCUAUGGGCUUGCUUCGCAAGACGAAAAUGUCUUGCGAGUUCCUGUGGGGGUUUUUUCCUCCCCCCCCCCUUUUCCCCAAGCCGCUAAGCCGCUUAUCAGCUGAUCCGCUAAGCCGCUUAACAGCUGAUCUGUUAAGCCACUAAGCCGCUUAUCAGCUGCUCCGCUAAGCCCGCUAAGCCGCUAAUAGCGCUAAUCCGCUAAACCGCUAAUGGGCUUGCUUCACAAGACGAAAAAGCCGCAAGACGAAGAGACUCGCGGAACGGAUUCUUUUCGUCUUGCGAGGCACCACUGUACCGUGUUUUUCCAUGUGUAAGGCGGCGUUGAUUCAGACUAGGUUAUCUGAUGAACGCAUUGUUAUGUCUUCCUGUCCUUCCAGGUCGGACGUUGCCUGGACCCUGGAGAACCCCCCGGCGCGGCCUCACAUCGAAGGAGCCUCCAGAGGUGUAUCAACGUCUGGGAAUAGUCAGAAAGUCUCAAACAUGACUGCCAGGAUAGCGGCAAGAGUGGAUGGGGGCUGCCAUAACAACGGGAGCAUCUUUUGUACAAUUGUGUGA